UGGACUACCGGCUAUAAGAGGGACGCCGUGCGUCGCGACGCCACCAGAACACCUCCCGUGCUCGGCCGAGGCUCGUAAAGCCCUGACAAUUUCUCGCGCGACACACUGCGAUCCUCGUUGUAGCCGUAGAUCGAAGGACUAGAAGAGGCAACAUCGAUCGAUCUCUCUGUACCGGAAUUUUUCGGCUCACAGUUCGCGCGCCGAUCGUUUUUCUCUUCCUUGCCGGUCCCGUGAGUUUCCCCCGGCGGUUUUCCGGCUGACUCGACCGCGCGGCGGCUCUCGAGAAGAUGUUCUCCAAGUCGAUUUCAACGUCGAUCCUCCUGCUUGUCGUCGCCGGCGCGUUUCACGCUGCGAGAGCGGUGAUCAACAACGACCGCCACCGUCAGCAACAGAUAUCAAACGAUGCUAUGUCCAAUAUUUUGACUUACGAGAUGGAAGCGAAGACUUUACUCGACCCACCUCGCGAACAUUACCGACCGAUUACAGACUGUAUGUUUAUUACUUCAGAGAGCGGGCCGUUCACUUACGUGUCGCAGUCCGAUGACGAGGUCGUUUGCGGUAUAUACUUCUUAACUGAUCCAGAUCGCACGGUGGAGAUACAUUUUCACAGUUUCGACGUACCCUGCGAUCAUCGUGGACUUCUGGCGGUAAUCGAUGGCUGGGAAAUGGACGGCGAAAUAUUCCCGAGCGAGGCCGAUCAUCCGUUACCGAUGAAGGAGAGGGUGAACGAAUUUUGCGGUAAGAGCAGAUGGUACAAGAGGACUUUCACGAGUUCGCAGAACGCGGCGAUUCUUCAGUAUAGAAUACCGAUGCGGUAUAAAGGUUUCGUCAUAACCGCGAGAUACCCGAAAAAUCCGAGGCCCUGCAACGUCUUGUCGGUUAGCACGACGGACCCGUUCACGCUUCGCAAUUAUGGUAGACGAAUUAACUGCACCCUCAUGGCAGUGUAUCCCGCCACUGUACAAGUAAUUGCGCUUGGAGUCGGUGGUAGUAGCUCGCAGAGCGUUGUUCACACGACCGAAACCGGCACUUUACGCAAAUGUGACACAAGGAAUCCGCAGGAUCGAUUGGAGAUCGGAGGUAAUCACGGCCUGGACACGACAAAACUCGACAUAAUCGAUUCCAUUUGUGGCAUUGAUUCCAAACCAGAUGUAAAGGAGCUCGUGCCGUACGAAGUAACAUCGGUGCGAUUGAUAUCGAAUGGUUACCACGAUAACUCGGCGACGGUGAUAAUAAAUCCUAUCGUAAGCGACGAUGUGCUGAAUCCCGCUUCCGGUCUAUGAAGUGAUGAUUGUUUCCAACAUCUUCAUCGUCCGCCGCGUUUGCUAUUCGUCUACUCUCGACGUUUAUUUUUCAACGAGCGGCCGCGUCGAUAUUAGGUUGCAUAAGAUACAUUUAUUCCUUCUCUUUCUCUUUUUCUCUGUCUUUCUCUCUCUCUCUCUCUCUCUCUUUUGUCAUAGUUUAGGGCUUAUACAAAUACUUACACAGAUAAUUUACACGUUUCAUGUAGCGUGCUAAAUGACAGCGUAGAACGUGGAUGACAAGGCGAGAAUUUUAUCAAGACUGAUUAUUGUAAUUGCUUUCUUUCGUAUCCUUCCACUCAUCAUACGUAUAUGCUAGUUAUGUAUUGCUUCGUAUUGAUUCGUGUUAGAGGAGAUCGAGUAGGGUUGGCUCAAGCGUUAUAUUUGACUUGUACUUUGUUUUUGUAUUUAUCGUGAGAUAAACAAUGAAAACAAAAUUGCAAAAUGUUCCUUUUAGAAUGUAUAUACUUUUCCCUGAGCUUCAUUCAAUCGAAAUAAUAUCACGGUUAAAAAGUAAAAAUAAUAGAUUUAAGAAUUGCUGAAUACAUUUCCGAACAUCUCGACAUUUCGUGUUAAUAUUCACUAUUUUGAGUAAAUAAUUUUAGUAACGUAUUAUUAGUUAAAAUGAAUUUUCUCGAGCAAGUGUAUGAUAGACUGUUUUGAGUAACAAAAGUAAUUUUCUUUCAUAAAAUGAUUGCAAUGCAUCAUAUGGACGGAAAAAAUUGGGAUUGCUAAUGUAAAAAAAAAAAAUACUAUAAUCUGGCAAUAUAGGAAAAUGUUUCUAUUCUUUUUUCAGAAGCAAGACACAGCAAUAGUAAAUCUUACUCAUUACAAAACAGCUCAAAACAAUAAAAUAUUUUUUAAGAUGCAAAUAAUUUUUAAGAUGUUGUACGUAUUUUAUAUGUGGUAUUCUUACUUUUACGCAAAUUGCUAACCAACUUGAUCCAGCACCAGGAUUAGAUGGCCACAUUACAAUAUAUUUGUAUUUUGUUUACUGCAGAACAAAAUAUACGACUUAUAGGAUCGUUGCUGGCCUAAAAAUAUAGAGAAAGUUUGUCUCUAUUAUGUUUUUAUAGUCAAGCACAACAAUUAGUUUAAAAAGUUAUAGUUUUGAAAUGUGUGUAGCAUUUUGCCCCGGUCUCCCCUUCUCAUGAAUAAUGAAUCGUUAUAUUGCAACAGCAAAACGAUAGAUUUUACUUGAUUAUUACGAUUAUUUGACUGUACACAUGCGCAAAGUUUAUUUACGGCUAAUUAAGCUAUCUAUUUUCACAUUUUGCCUGUAUUGUUUCUAAAGUUUUAAUUUCGCUGUGAUAGAUGAGAAAUAUUUCUGGAAAUGUUCUCGCUCAAACGAACAGAAAUUUGCGAAAUAUCUCGUCAUUAUUAACUACGUGACUGUUAUGAACUGAAUAUUAAUUUCAUAAAAAUUUCAUAAUUUCUCUCUCCACGUAUAGAAUUCGAAUUUAAUACAAUUUUUUAUAUUUAAUGAUACAUACCAUGAUGGUUAUAUAUUAUGUAUUAUAACAAAUGAAUGCGCGUGUUGAAUAAGAGAAAUGUGAGGUGUUAGAAAAAGCUUCAUAUGUGUAUUUUUAUUUAUUACAAAUACGAUAUUUAAGAACAAUUAAAGGUAGAUGUUUAUUACAUAAUGAAUAUUUUAUGCUGUUUUUAGUUAAGAAUCAUAAUAUCAUGUACGAUAUGUAUUAUAAUAGCUUGAUGUUGAAAAAUACAUUUAUGUUAAUUGA